CGAUCCUAGAAUAACGAUCCCUCGAUCAGGGAUAUAAACAAAUUGACACCGUUCCCUCCCGCAUUCAUUGUCACGAACUUGCGAUGCAGGAUUAUGAUGUCCAGGCGAUGGAGGUUGAUCUUCAACUGACGACAUAUUCUUCUUGUCCAGCCUGCAGUGUCGCGUGAGGAAUCAUGCCCAUUGGGGAUUUAUAAUAUCGCUCCUCAAGCUACUCACCCUUCAGGACUACGCAUUAAGAUCUUGUCAAGAUGUUUGAAAAGUCGCUGGUUGACCUUAUCAAAGGUCUCCGCGGCCACAAGGGCACCGAGGCGGAGUACAUUCAAAACGCCAUCAAGGAAUGCCGCAGCGAGAUUCGGUCCCAGGAUCUCGAUAUCAAAGCCACGGCUCUUUUGAAAUUGAUCUACCUGGAAAUGUUCGGUUACGACAUGACAUGGGCGGCAUUCAAUAUCCUAGAAGUCAUGGCUUCACCAAAGCUCAUGCAAAAGCGAGUGGGCUAUCUGGCUGCCGUACAGAGCUUCCGACCGGAGAUGGAAGUGUUGAUGUUGGCCGAAAACCUCCUCAAAAAGGAUCUCACAUCUCCAACCAUCCCAAUUCUGUCCCUGCCGCUCACGACCCUUCCACAUAUUGUGACUUCGUCACUGGCACUUUCAAUACUCACGGAUCUUCUUCCUCGCGUAUCACAUUCACAACCUGCCGUACGGAAGAAGACCAUAGUCACCCUCUAUCGACUGGCCUUGGUCUACCCGGAGACCCUCAGGGUCGCAUGGCCCAAAAUCAAAGAGCGUCUCCUGGACGAACAAGAAGACAGCAGUGUUACUGCCGCGACUGUCAACGUGGUCUGUGAAUUGGGUUGGCGACGGCCACAAGACUUUCUGCCCUUGGCUCCCAGACUGUUCGACCUCCUGUUAGCGCAGAAGAACAACUGGAUGGGCAUCAAGAUCAUCAAGCUCUUUGCUGUUCUGACUCCACUCGAACCACGACUGGUCAAGAAGCUCGUCCGACCACUUACCAAAUUAAUCCAGGAGACCACGGCCAUGUCUCUCCUUUACGAAUGCAUCAGCGGAAUCAUUCAAGGUGGUAUUCUUGACGGCGCAGAAAGUGGUAUCGACGUGGAGGAAGUUGCUGAUCUCUGUAUCUCCAAGUUGAGAGGCAUGAUCGUUCUGGACGGCGAUCCCAACUUGAAAUAUGUUGCACUUCUAGCCUUCAACAAAAUCGUCGGGACCCAUCCUGCUCUCGUCUCCAUGCAACAGGAUGUCAUAAUGGCUUGCCUGGACGAUCCGGAUAUUUCGAUCAAGAUGCAAGCACUGGAGCUGGUGUCUGGCAUGGUCAAUAGUGACAGCCUACAAGGUGUCGUCAACCGUCUCAUAAAGCAGCUUGCCAGUUCACCAUCCUCCAACGACGUUAACGGACACCAUGAAGAAGGUCAGACAGAUAUGGAACAACGGCUGGUACCCGAUAAGAGAGGGUCCGAAAACCCUCCAUUGUCUGACGAGUACCGCCAUGAGAUCAUCACAAGAAUCUUGGACAUGUGUUCGCAAAAUACCUACGCAAAUAUUACGGACUUCGAAUGGUACAUCGAGAUCCUGGUGCAUCUCGUCCGUCACCUCCCAGCCGACAAAGAUUCCACUUCAGCAAGGACUACCAGCGACAGCAGAAACUCUUUAGGAGGCCGAAUAGGAGGACAACUCUGUGAUAUUGCGAUCAGAGUCAAAGAGCUUCGACCCGACACCGUCAAAGCCGCCGAAACGCUUGUGCUCCUUUCCAAUCGAACGAUCGCAUACCCAAGACACGGUUCUGGGCAAGGUCAAGUCCUGCAAUCAACAGUCUGGGUUUGCGGCGAAUUUGCAGAGUAUCUGUCCAACCCUUACGAGGUCCUCAAUUCGCUGAUCCACGAGUCCUCCCACAACUUCCCUCCUGCCACGUUGGCAAUUUUUGUCCAAGCCAUUCCGAAAAUCAUUUCACAUAUCGCUGUCACGACCAAUCGCGAAUGGAACAUUUCCAGAGGCACGACCAUAUCGCUACUACUCGCCCGAGCUACCGAAUUCUUGGAAAAGCUCUCAUCUCACCCCAAUCUAGAAGUGCAGGAAAGAAGCGUCGAAUUUCUAGAACUUCUUCGACUGGCCACAGAAGCGCUGUCGGGCCAGGCUAGUGACCACAUUCAAGCACCACUUCUCCUCACUUCUGCCAUUCCAUCGCUCUUUGCUGGAGUGGAACUUAACCCGGUCUCCACGGCUGCGCAGAAGAAAGUGCCAUUGCCCGAGGACCUCGACCUCGACACACCCAUCAACCCGGACCUGCCAGCAAUCCUCCAAGCUUCGCAAGUCGUUGACGAAGACGAACCCGGUGAUGAUGUCUUCCAUGCCUUCUACUACGAACGAGAGCCGACUCAGACAGCUACAUCACUUCAACCGCAAACGACAGCCAAACUACACAACACCCCUACCGAAAGCGAACCGCUGUCUUACCAGUCGGCUCCCGACUCGCCAGCUACCCUGGCCAGGCGAAAAGCAGAAAGACUGGCGCGAGCCAGAGACGAUCCAUUCUACAUCGCACCAUCAGAUGAUGCUGACCCCCAUAUCCACGAGAUCAUCGGCAAGACAAAUGGCGAUGAAGAGUUCGACGUUGACUCGAUCCCUAUAAUAGACCUACAGAUCGACUCUACACAAACGGCCGCCGCUCACCAUCACCCCGCAACGGAACCAUCGUCACAACGGACAACGAGAAAGAAGAAGCCCGUACGCAAAUUCGUGAUUGCAGCUGACGAAACCCUCGAUCCCGGCGCCCAGACUCCCCCAAUGUCGCAAUCUCUUUCCACUUCGAACGCGGCCUCGCACUCUUCCACGCCCACAGCCAACGCCGCACGUCCGCGAUCACUCAGUCCAAACGCACAGCCUCGCGCCGGCCGCGCUCCAGCCCCUACAGUCCGCCCGACUCGGACUCUCUUAACCGUGGACUCAUCCACGCUGGAGAACCUGACUCUCGAAGGAGGCUCCGCCGAGACAGAACUGGACAUUCUCCGCCGCGAAGCCGAAGAGGCCGAGAUGGCCAGAGCUCUGCGCGAAGUCGAGAGGAAGAGACUCGAGAUGCAGCGCGAAGCCGAACGUGAACGCACCACGCUGGGCGAAGGCGUCGACGUCGAAGGCACAGUCAUCCGACGGAAGAAGAAGAAGCGCACGAAAGUCGCAGACGAGACUGGCGCGGUUGCUGGACUGGAAGGUAAGACAAAACAACAACAGGAGGCCGAGGAAGGCGUUGUCAAGAAGAAAAAGAAGAAAAAGGUCAAACCUGCUCAGACGGACGAGGCUGAAAAUGAGGCCCAGGCUGAGGCUGAGGCUGAGGCCGAUGCUGAAGUUCAGCAGGAGAAGGAGAAGGAGAAAGAUGCAGCGGCGCUACAAGCAUGAUGGAACGCUUUAUCCACGUCUCGGUCAUGCAAUAUAGCUCGGAUACUUCCUUGAGCACGAUGGAUCGUGAGUCCAGAAGAUGGUCUAUUCGUCAACCACAAGAGGUUCUACCAAAUGUCCACCCUGUCAACUCUUUCUCCCUUGGUCUUCGUUUUCUGUUGCUCUUGCUCUGUCACUAAUCGUUAAUGCUGCCAACAACUGUUCUGGCCCAACCAGGGUCCGUACAAAGAGUCCAUGGUCGGCUGGGUUCACUAUUCGAAGGGCGGAAGCCGGCAUUUCGCUCCCUAACGACGGCGAGAUACUCAGAUAAAGUACCGUCAUACCGCAUGGAUUGGUGCGCCGGCUUGGGUAGGAGCCAAAAGCAAGGCAAAUACCGAACGGCAUUGCAUUGUACUAUCUCACUACUUCAAAGACAACAAUAAAGAGCGUCAAGUAUCAUGCCGUCGCAACCCAUCCUAGUCCAUAUUGCUCCAUCUUCCCAGCACUUAUCCAUGGCGACGCCAAACACGUACAGCCGACAAACAGCCAGUCCGCCUUCAAUGGUUCGGAGCAGCAUUCACGUUCACAUUUCGGUUGUGGUUGUGGUUGUGUCUGGCAGCCUCAAAUCGAGCAGCGUCAUACUCCAUCUUGUGUCUGCCUCCAGUGAGGUGGACAACAAGCUGGGACAUACGUGCGAACCCGUUUCCCUCGACGCCACGAGGGCACAUGGCGAUGUGACACAGGUACUUCUUCCCAUGGGCGUGUGCCUCACGCUCGUGACGGUCACGGUCUCCUUUGUUCCUAUAAGACUUGCCGCAGUAUGUGCAAGUGGGAUCCGGAGUCCACAUUGCCCUGUCGACAUCGUGCUGGAGUAUUGGUUGUUGAUGACUCGGCUGCGCACUAUCCACCAUGCAGGGUGGCAGAAGAUUCCAUCUUUCGCCGUCUUAUUAGUUCGGUCUGUUAAAAAAAAAAACUCACCCGACCUGAGUGGGCCCAGUCUGAAACUGCAGCGCAUCAUUGAGAGACGAGUUUAAUCCAUAUCCGUCCUGAGUGGGUGGGUUGAACAUGCUGCGUGGCGGAGUGUAGGAGUCGGCUUGCAUCAUGGGGCAGUAGUGGCAGUAGGGGCAGAGUUGAGCAAGGAUGCCAUGAUGGCAGACGAUAGUGAGAUUGUCCACGACUGACGAAUGAGACCUCGAAAAAAUCGAGGAGGUGCGAAGAGAGACGAGAAAUUUGGAAUCGGAGGGGAGGGGAAUCUUAUGCUUGAGUGGUAGCCAGCGAGGUAGGUGCCUCAGGUGCCAUCAGUCAGG